AUGACGACCUCGUCCAUCAGACGGCAGAUGAAAAACAUUGUCAACAACUACUCGGAAGCCGAGAUAAAAGUGCGGGAAGCCACCUCCAAUGACCCAUGGGGCCCGUCCAGCUCCCUGAUGACGGAGAUCGCAGACCUGACCUACAACGUGGUGGCCUUCUCGGAGAUCAUGAGCAUGGUGUGGAAGCGGCUCAACGACCACGGCAAGAACUGGCGGCACGUGUACAAGGCCCUGACGCUGCUUGACUACCUCAUCAAGACGGGCUCAGAGCGCGUGGCCCAGCAGUGCCGGGAGAACAUUUUCGCCAUCCAGACCCUGAAGGACUUCCAGUACGUCGACCGUGACGGCAAGGACCAGGGGGUCAACGUGCGUGAGAAGGCCAAGCAGCUAGUGGCCCUGCUGAAGGACGAGGAGCGGCUUAAGGCCGAGCGGGCCCAGGCCCUCAAGACCAAGGAGCGCAUGGCCCAGGUGGCCACCGGCAUGGGCAGCAACCAGAUCACCUUUGGCCGGGGCUCCAGCCAGCCCAACCUGUCCACCAGCUACUCAGAGCAGGAGUACGGCAAGGCCGGGGGGUCCCCGGCUUCCUACCAUGGCUCCACCUCCCCACGGGUGUCCUCGGAGCUGGAACAGGCAAGGCCUCAGACAAGUGGGGAGGAGGAGCUGCAGCUGCAGCUGGCGCUGGCCAUGAGCAGAGAGGUGGCCGAGCAGGAAGAGCGCCUUAGGCGGGGCGAUGACCUCAGGCUGCAGAUGGCCUUGGAGGAGAGCCGCCGAGACACGGUUAAAGUUCCAAAAAAGAAAGAGCACAGCUCCCACCCGCAGCAGACUACACUGUUGGACCUGAUGGAUGCCCUGCCCACUGCGGGCCCUGCUGCCCAGAAGGCGGAGCCCUGGGGCCCGUCCACCUCUGCCAGCCAGACCAACCCCUGGGGCGCGCCGGCAGCCCCUGCCAGCACUGCGGACCCCUGGCCAUCGUUCGGUGCCAAGCCAGCCGCCUCUGUCGACCCCUGGGGGGCACCCACUGGAGCCGGCACACACUCUGCUCCCAAGGGCUCGGACCCCUGGGCCGCCCCGCAGCAGCCAGCCCCCAGCGCUGGGAAAGCCGCUGACCCCUGGGCUGCAGCCUCGGCUGCCAAGCCUGUGUCUUCCUCUGGGUCCUUUGAUCUCUUCAGCAAUUUGAAUGGCACAAUUAAAGAUGACUUCUCUGAAUUUGACAACCUCCGAACUUCAAAAAAAGCAGCCAAGGCAGCCUCUCCACCGGCCCAGAACAAUGGAACCUCCAGCCCUGAUCCCUUUGAGUCUCAGCCCCUGACCGUCGCCUCGAGCAAGCCCAGUGGUGCCCGGAAAACCCCAGAAUCCUUCCUGGGCCCCAAUGCGGCCCUGGUCAACCUGGACUCACUGGUAACCAGGCCAGCCCCGCCGGCACAGGCCCUCAACCCCUUCCUGGCACCAGGUGCCGCCACGGCCUCGGCCCCCGUCAACCCCUUCCAGGUGAACCAGCCGCAGCCCCUGACGCUGAACCAGCUGCGGGGGAGCCCAGUGCUAGGGGGCAGCGUGUCCUUUGGGCCCAGCCCAGGUGCGGAGCCUGUGGCCUCCAUGACCUCCGCAGCCUCCCACCCACCCCUGGGGGCCAGCAGCUCCUCCCUGCCGCCGCUGGGCCCUGCUGCGAUGAACAUGGUGGGUAGCCUGGGCGUACCCCCGUCAGCAACUCAGGCCACCGGCACAACCAACCCGUUCCUCCUCUAG